AUGAAUACGCCUCUCUUGUGUAUAGUAAAUUUAAUUUUGAGUUUUAGUAUUUGCAGGAAGCAAUGAAUCCGAAUAACUAUGAUAUAUAGAAACUUUAAACUUACUGAAAUAAUAUAUCCGGAUUUUAGGGAAACACCGUAUCUUCUAUCGUUCGAAAGAGCCCAAAAUUGCACUAAUAAUAUCAGUGCAAGAAUUGUAUAUGUUUUUCCUGUUUCAAUAGGUCUUUCCAUCAGAGAUAUGCCUUCUUCACCUUCAAGUAUCUUUUUCAAUGAAAAAAAGUUGAUUAAAUUUAAGUCUGAGACUUUAGGAAAAAUUUUGUAUAAUGGUUGCUUCUUAGAUCAAGCAGAUAUUCAAUCAGAUAAAAGCUAUUUAGAAGAAAUAAUGUAG